AUGCGGGAGGGCGUGAAGACCGCGUCAGCACAGGUGGUGCAUGCAGGGGAGAAGGUGGGGGCUGUGUGGAGCAAGACCCUAGACAGUGCGAUGUGGGUUUGUGCUGCAUGCGGGGCCCUUGCUAUUCUUUUGAUAGCUCUUUCUCUUGCUAUGCGCACAUGGAGACACCAACGCCUGAGCUACACCGACGACAACGGGGAGAACAUCUCUCGCGUCGAGCUUGGGCUCAGGUCGUUACAGCGUAUACAAACACUGCAUAGGAAAGACGAUGCAGGAGUUAUUGUUGUCUAUGACCCCCCACUUCUCUACCAAGACGCCAUGGACAGUGCUUACUGCCUCCCCGAUGCAGAAGAAAACGGCACAGACGACGAGGGACCACAGAGACAAGCCGCAGCACAAAACCCAGACGGAAGCAGCAGCAACGCAGGCGAAGACAGAGGAACGUCAGCAGCAAGUGGCGAGCCAGAAGCAGCAGGAGAAGAACCCGAGGAUGAGGCAGUACUCUCUGGCCAGGUGGAGCCGACUCCGCAGCAGCAGCAGCAGAUGCUGGAGCAGCAGCAGCGAGAGGAACAUGUGGAGGAAACGAUUAGGCGCGCAGCAGCUGCAGACGCAGGAGUUUCAGGAGUUUCUUUCUUAUCUCGUCAGCUGCAGCAGGUUUUUUCUCCAUCUCGUCACGCAGAGCGUAGGGGCCCCCUAGCUAGACCUCCCCCAUACAGCGUGACUCUGGGGCGAGACCCUGGGGCCCCCGGUUCGUUGACAGGGAAGUAUGCGGAGAUGCGUGGAGAUCUAUUGGGCCCCACUUUGUUUGAUGUACACUGCAAGGAUUUGGAGAUGUUUAAGAAGAGUGGAGCUUUGUUUGGUCGUAUGGCUGUUGCUUAUAUUGUUUUUGCGGGGCUCGGUAUGGCUGCUGCUGCUGCUUCCUUGCUGCUGACGACGCUAGGCAGCCCCUGGGCGCAACGCGUACAAGAUCUCCCUGUGAACCUUGUAGGCACCGUAGCGUGGCUGGUGGCUCUCGUGCUGCAGCUGUGCGGCCUCGCCUCCUGGGGUGUAGGUACAGAUGUUGCUGCAUGCGUUACAGAUGCAGGGGGGGCUGGGGUCUGUGCCCUUGGUAGUGCUGCUGCUAUAGCUAUUGGCUCUCUCGUUCUUACUCUUGUUGCUACACUUUCUUAUUGCCUCUUCUUCACACAUAAAUUUAUUCGUGACCUCGGAAUAGAUAAACAAAGACAAGAAGAUAAAGAAAAAGAAAUACAACAACAACUGGCAGCGCAGCAAGCAUACAUACAAGCCACGCACUAUGACGAACAAGAUGGGCCCCAGAUCACUGUCCUUCCUAGCCAAACAAACAACAACGGGGGCCCCCACUCAAAGGCCUCCCUCGCAGGAAGCGUUGCCGCGGUCCCGCGGGGGGCCCCCCAUAGCAACUCUAUGGGGGCCCCCCUAAGCAACUCUCAGUUGGGCCCCCAACCUGUUGCGCCCGGCGAAAGCGAAACCCCCGCUCGGUCCGUAACGGGAGGCUCUCAGGCUGUUAAGCAUUAA